AUGUCUUUAACAGAAGAACAAAAACAAAUUAUUAAAUCAACAGCACCAGUUCUAAAAGAAAAUGGUAAAGAAAUUACAUCGAUUUUUUAUAAACAAUUAUUUAAAGCUCAUCCCGAAUUAUUAAAUAUGUUUAAUCAAACAAAUCAAAAGAUUGGUACUCAACCAUUAGCAUUAGCUAAUACAGUUUAUUUUGCUGCUGAAAAUAUUGAUAAUUUAGGUGUACUUAUGCCUCAAAUUCAACAUAUUGCACAUAAACAUCGUGCUUUAAUGGUUCAACCAGAACAUUAUCCAAUUGUUGGUAAAUAUUUACUUCAUGCUAUUAAAGAAUUUUUAGCUGAGAAGGCAACAUCAGAAAUAUUAGAUGCAUGGUCAGAUACUUAUAAUAUAAUUGCUUCGAUAUUUAUCGAUAUAGAAAAAAAUUUAUAUGAUAAAUUUAAUCAAGAUCCUCGUGACAAAGGAUUUAAUUCAUUUACAAUUGUAAAAAAAGAAAAAAUUGCCAAUGGUCCAAUUAUUUCUUUUAAACUUGAACGAACAAAUGGUGGUAAAAUGUAUAAUUAUCAUCCAGGACAAUAUCUAACACUUCAUGUAAAAAAAGGGAAUUAUUAUCAUAAUCGACAUUAUAGUUUAACACAACCAUUUGAUGGAAGAUCAUAUUGUAUUGCUAUUAAACAAGAAAAUGAUCGACAACCAAAAGGUAUUAUUUCAAAUGAAAUUAUUAAUAAUUAUAGAAUAGGUGAUAAAAUCUCAGCAAGUUUUCCAGCUGGUACAUUUAGUUUAAUAAAAGAUGCUAAACAUCAUUUAUUUAUUGCUAGUGGAGUUGGUAUAACUGCUUUUUCAUCAUUAAUUCAAACAUUAUAUAAAAAAGGCAAAUCAAAUAUUGUAACAUUAAUUCAUUGUGUACCAUCUCAAGGACAUGCUGCUUUUGCUAGUCAAAUGCGUUCUAUUUUAAAUUCGAAUCAAUAUCAUUUACUUUUACAAGGUAGAUAUCUUCUACAAAAUCUUAUUAACGAUAUUAUAAAACAAGAUACACAUGUAUAUAUAUGUGGUUCAACAUCAUUUAUGAAUAAAGUACAAGAUUAUUUAAUUGAAUGUAAUCAUCCAAUGUCUCAUAUUCAUACAGAAGCAUUUCGACCAUCAUUGAGUUUAAUUAAAAAUGCGGUGAAAAAUCAAUCAAAUACAAAAGCAUUAUAA